AGCAGCUUUGCGCAGUCGCACAACAACUGCCCCUGAUCAGCUGACUGUGAGAUGCUGUGUUGAAGCACCUUUGAGUCGAAAAGCUGUUAUUAUCUGCUCUAUGUAUGGGAAGCUGCGACUGUUUAAUUGAAUUACACCGUGUGGACCAAAUACUGAAGCCAUUAAACACGCCGUAACGUCCUUGCGUCAAAGGCCCAGUGGACAAACCUCUUACCAGCAGCCAUGACAGAAUUCUGGUUGAUCUCCGCUCCGGGGGAGAAGACGUGCCAGCAGACCUGGGACAAGCUGAUGGUGGCCACCACGCGCACCAACAACCUCUCGGAUAACAACAAGUUCAACAUCCCUGAUCUCAAGGUUGGAACACUAGAUGUCUUAGUGGGUCUGUCAGAUGAACUGGCUAAACUAGACACUUUUGUGGAAAGUGUGGUGAAGAAGGUCGCUCAGUAUAUGGCAGAUGUCCUGGAGGACAGCCGAGACAAAGUGCAGGAGAACCUACUUGCUAAUGGAGUUGACCUGGUCACCUAUAUCACCAGAUUCCAGUGGGACAUGGCUAAGUAUCCAAUCAAACAGUCGCUGAAAAACAUCUCUGAGAUCAUCUCCAAGCAAGCAGCUCAGAUAGACAAUGACCUGAAGGCCAGAGCUUCAGCCUACAACAACCUAAAGGGAAACCUGCAAAACCUGGAGAGGAAAAAUGCGGGGAGCUUGUUGACCAGGAGUUUGGCUGACAUAGUGAAGAAAGAGGACUUUGUACUGGACUCAGAGUACUUGAUUACCAUGCUGGUGGUUGUCCCAAAGACAAGCUAUGUUGACUGGCAGAAGGAGUAUGAAACCCUUGCUGAAAUGGUUGUGCCACGCUCCACAAAGCUGCUGUUUGAAGACCACGACAGCGGCCUGUUCAGUGUCACUCUCUUCAGGAAGGCUAUAGAUGACUUCAAGCACAAGGCCAGGGAAAACAAGUUUACAGUUCGUGAUUUUCAGUACAAUGAAGAGGAGAUGAAGGCAGACAAAGAAGAGAUGACACGUUUGUCCACUGACAAGAAGAAACAGUUUGGGCCUCUGGUACGAUGGCUGAAAGUAAAUUUCAGCGAAGCCUUCAUCGCGUGGAUUCACAUAAAAGCCCUGCGCGUGUUUGUUGAGUCAGUAUUGAGAUAUGGGCUGCCAGUGAACUUCCAGGCCAUGCUGCUCCAGCCCAACAAGAAGAACAUGAAGAAGCUGAGAGAGGUGCUCUCUGAACUGUACAAACACCUGGACAGCAGUGCUGCGAUCAUUGAUGCCUCUAUGGACAUCCCAGGACUGAACUUGAGCCAGCAGGAGUACUACCCCUAUGUUUACUACAAGAUUGACUGCAACCUGCUGGACUUCAAAGUCUAGAUACAUUGCCGCCAUUAUCAUCUCCCUCCCUGUGCAGUAGUAUUCUGAUGUGACUUGUUCACUUAUCCAAGCUAUGAGUUAUUUCCACCCUGUUUUUCCUGUGUGUGUGUGUGGUUUUUUUUUUAAUAACAUUUAUGUCCUCCCAUCCUCUUUCCCUCCCUCAUGCUCAUGGUACAUUCCUGGGUCCAUAUUAAAUACGCUGUUGAACUUCUGUUCUAAAUAUAUUGGCUGAAAUAUGGGCCGUCUUCUUUGUUAUUUGUCACUUUCUCUUUGUACCACGCUGUAAAAGUGAAUAGCUCCCUAGUGUGCACCCAUCAAAAUGGUUGACAUUCCCCAUCAAAGGUACUAUAAAAUGUUGCAUUUCUAUUGUUUCUUUUUUCCUGCUGCCCUACUUUAUUCAAAGCAACAACAACAACAACAACAGUACACAUGUGGGGGAAAUGGUAAAAAAUAAAUGUAUGUUAAAUAUAGUAUUUAUUUAAAGCCUCUAAAUCAGUGAAUAUGUUAUUGUUUGUUCAGUUUUUGAAAGUGAUGUGUUUUUAGCUCCAUGUAAGGAAUGUCUGUUUACAAGUAGACCAUCGUUUCGCCCCACUAAAGCUGUAAUCCUGUGAAAUAUUGAGAUGAAUCAUUUUACAGUAUAAAGAAGCAAUAUGUUUGCUGAUUGUAUGCUUAUAUAAUUUCUGCAUAUCAAGCAGUUUAAGAAAAAUAAUGAUAAAGGUCUAUGUGCAAAUAUAGUUAUACAGUAUAACUGAAAAUUACACCACAUAUUUAAAAUAAAUGUGAAAAAUAAAUACUCUAUGUGAUAUAUACUUGACUUUUGCUCACUGUUCUUUUUAGCUGCAGAAUAAAGUUGAUAAAGUCUUCUCAGGCUGAUAUAAACCAACUUCACAAUCUAUCAAUCCUAUAUGGGGCGAAGAACAAUAGAAAAUCAGUUCUAUUAGACAUCAUUUAAAACCUAGACUUAAAAGGACAUGUAUUGAAAACAUAUUGUAAGCUAACAGUUUACCAGAACAGAUUCAAAUAUUUGCUCAAGAUUUUAAGUUUUGAGUCACACUCGAACAUUUGUUCUCUGUUGUGCUACAGAUUCGAUCCAGACAGCAAGUAUAUUUGGGAAACAUAAGUAAGUCCACAUGGAACUUGAAGUACAAAAGAGAGAUUUCUUUAAUAAGGUUUCACCACGGAAAUUAUUUCAUUUUGAAAUUAAGGUUUGCCUUUAGGGGCUAUGGAGCUAGCUCAAGAGUUUUGUUUUUAAUUUCACAUAUCUCAGUUUGGUACCCCUUUCUAAUAAAGCUUCCUUUAAAAUGGGGUUAUACGUUGUAACUAAUGGCUGUAUUAUUGGUUAAUAAAUUAUUAUAAUGGAUCAAACCAUUAAUAAGAACAACUUUGGGAUUACCAAAUGAUGACAAAUCCCUUUAGCUGGUGUUUAUCCUCCUCUACACUUGUUUUGUUCCCCUCUUUAACCAGAAAGACCGCUCCAAUGGACUGUAAAUGUUUUAUUGACUACGUAUUAACAUUUACAACUACAGAUUGGAUGGAUUGUUGUAAAACCUCUUUAUUACAUGCUGAAAGUAAAACUUUCAAAAUCUA